AUGUCGACCAAGAGGAAAGCCUCACAAGAAUGGAUACCCUGCAGGCUGACGAUGAGCUCUUUAAUACCCUGGAAGAAGACUGCAUUAGAGAGUCUCCCAAUGAUUCUGGGAACGAAGCAGACGCUGACGCGAGCGAGUUCAAUGCCGACGCCCGAAGCUGCUUAUCUGAAGUUGAAGACAGAAUCAACACUAAAACGAAGUUCAAGGGAGCUUACUACAACAUUGGAAGCACGGAAGAUCUGUUGCAAGAGUUUGCUAAUGAACGUGACAGAGAGCGAGCCAUGUGGUCCAAACUCACCUUUACUGAAAGCAUUGAUGUGGGGGAUGGUGGGGGCGAUCCUGUGAGGCCUCCUCGACGCAAGUCAGUGAGAUCGCUAAUAAAGAAAAGAGGUGACCAGAUACAAGAUGGCACAAAGGGAAAUGACGCUGAUGGUGAAAAACCGGAACAGAUCAAGGAAGAAUGCGAGAGUCCAGAUGGUACUGAAGCAGACAAACAAAAUGAUGUGAAGGCGAAUGGGGUGGUUUCUGAGAGUUGUGAUUCAUCAGGGAAAAAAAUAGAAUCAUUUGACAUCGAAGCUCCCGAAGGUACAGAUUCGCAGACAUCCGACGGUGCUCCAACAGCCAAGAGCAAGACCGAAAAAUCGCCACUGAUUGGCAAGGAUAGUGGAAGUGCAAACCUCCAGCUCAGAAAUGGAAGUCGAAUGAAGACGCAGCUAAAAGGAUUCCUCUGCUGCCACAUUUUAUAA